ACCCUAAUCCCACAAUUCACAUUCAAAUUUCCCUAACACACAAGUAUAUAUACACCCUCUUUCUAACACAUUCUUCACAUCACAACAUUUACUAAACAUUUCUCUCUCACAAACAUUUUUGUGUCUAAUUAAUUAAUGGCUUCUUCUAUUAGCAUUCAUAGUAUGCUUAUUGGAGUUGUGAUAAUUAGCUCCUUGAUAGCUACAUGUUCGGCCAACUUCUACCAAGACUUUGAUCUAACAUGGGGUGACCACCGUGCUAAGAUAUUCAAUGGUGGUCAGCUUCUAUCUCUUUCACUAGACAAAGUCUCUGGCUCUGGCUUCCAAUCCAAGAAAGAGUACUUAUUUGGUAGGAUUGAUAUGCAACUCAAACUCGUUGCUGGGAACUCGGCCGGAACUGUCACUGCUUACUACUUGUCAUCACAAGGACCAACUCAUGAUGAAAUUGAUUUUGAGUUCUUGGGAAAUGUUAGCGGUGACCCUUACAUUCUUCACACAAAUGUGUUUUCUCAAGGCAAAGGAAACAGAGAACAACAAUUCUACCUCUGGUUUGACCCAACCAAGAACUUUCACACUUACUCUAUCAUUUGGAAGCCCCAACACAUUAUAUUCUUGGUUGACAACAUUCCCAUAAGGAUGUUCAAGAAUGCUGAAUCAGUUGGUGUUCCAUUCCCAAAGAACCAACCAAUGAGAAUCUAUUCAAGUCUCUGGAACGCAGAUGAUUGGGCUACAAGAGGUGGUUUGGUGAAAACUGAUUGGUCAAAAGCACCCUUUACAGCUUACUACCGCAAUUUCAAAGCCACUGAACUCUCCUCUGUCUCUUCCAAUUCCUUCUCUGAUUCUGCAUUGCAGAACAACGAGCUUGAUGCUUAUGGUAGAAGAAGAUUGAGAUGGGUUCAAAAGUACUUCAUGAUUUAUAACUACUGCAAUGAUCUUAAGCGAUUCCCACAAGGUAUUCCUGCUGAGUGCAGGCGUUCAAGGUUCUGAGAGAUCAAUCAUGAAGAACUUAUAAUAGUGAUGUUAUAUAUAUGUAUUAUACAAGGGUUCUGUCAAAUGUAAUCUUUUUGCGCCUGUUUUAAUUUAUUAUUAUUCUUUGAUUUUAUUUCUUCCUCUGUAUUUUUUGGUGUCUAUUUUAUAUAACACGUGAUCAAAUAAAUCAAAUUAUUUGUACCACUUUCUUAUCA